UUGGGAUUUCUCUGUUCAGUUCUUGUUCAGCUUUCGUGCAGCACGGACUACGCCACGGUUACAUCAUUCCAGCCGAACCACACGGUUUUUUGAAGGGGAUUUAUUUCCAGAGAUUCAUCAGCUCUCACCCUCCUCUCGUACGAACAAUACGAACACCGGUCUUACCUCGGCCACGGCGUCCUUUAAUAAAGCGGACAAAAAAUAAUAAAUAAAAAUCGAGGAGCCCAGCUUUCCAUCCAUCCGGGAUUUUGUUGAGUUCAGUGGGAGAAGAAAUCUGAAAUUAAGUGUCACCCGUCUUACCGUGCGACACAAUCACAACGGAGCUUAUUGAGGGUGACGUUUAAAAUUGACGGGGACGUCCGGUGGGGUCAGUGUCACUGUUAUCGUCACGUCAAAGUGACACAUUUUGACACAAUAUCGAGAAGAGUGCCGUGUCAAAGUGUCAUCUUUCCGGGGUUCUCUCUCAUCGUAAUAAUAAUAACGGGCUGACAUUGAAUCGAGACACGGAGGAGAAGAACGGGUUAAGUUUUCUGAUAAAGAAAGAGAGAAAAAAGUUACUCUGGAGUUUUGUAUCGUGGGAAAAUUGAGACUGGUUGAGGAGGACAAGUUUCUGUUUGAUACUCCAUUUCCUCUCCCACCAACCACUUAUCCGGCAGGCGAGACGAGGAUGGAUAAAUAAUAAAAUAAAUGUGAAAGAAAUAUCCGGGUAUUUUGCCCACUACUUUACCCGGAAAGUUACUACGCUACUCUGUUACUGACAAGACAAGGCAAAGGUCUGAGAAAGUUUGGUCCCGACCGAUCUGUGGGAAAGUUUUGGCAGACCGUUAUUUAUUUACCACGAAGACAUUUAACUUAACUCUUUCCAUGCAUUUAAUUUACUUAAAUGGUGAUUAAAUUAUUAUUAUGAACUAAUUUUCAUCAUCUGUUAGUGAUGAGACUAAUAAGAAAAUUGUAAUAAAACCCACUUGUGUAAGAAGCAGCCUAAAUUUAUAAUUUAUUAUUUACUUCCCCUUGAUGAUUUCCAUUCACGGACGGACGGACGGAUUCACCAAAAAUUUAUAAGGACGAGGAGGAAGAACAAUAAUAGGGAACAAAAUCGUCUCUCUAGGAGGAGCAGAUUGUGAAAAACUUUGAAAUAAGUUUGAAAAUGGGAGGAAUCAUUUCCUGGCUGCGACUUGUCCUUCUCGGUUUGGCCGUGAUUGUUUUGCUGGCUGGGAGGGCGGAGGGGACGAGUCGUGCCAUUUUUGGGGGAUUGUGCCCAGAGCCGGUGUGCGAAUGUGACCUGGAUGAGCGGGGUCGGAUGGAGGUCGCCUGUCUGCACGGUCACAUGCACGAAAUUCCGAUGAGCAGGAUGAACCCGUCGACGGAAGUGAUACGAAUCGUGGCACCGGCCCAUCAACCGAAUCAACUCACGAUUGGAAGGUUCUUCAGACAAUUUAAGAGGUUGGAAGAGUUGCACAUCGUCGGCUCCAAUAUUCCGAAUAUUGGUGAAAAUUCCUUCUGGGGCGUUCAAUCCCUCAGAAUCCUGAACCUCACUCGGAACAAUAUUUCCAUCAUUGUCGAUACCAACUUCAAAGGACUCGUAAACGUGGAGAAUCUCAGCCUGGCAGAAAAUGCGAUUGAAUCCUUUGUCUCCGCCUCGUUUCAACACCUUCCGAAACUCAAGUCGCUCGAUUUGGCGAAUAAUCGUGUCAACAAAUUGGUGGAACGUCUCUUCUACAAUUUACACAUGUUAGAAAUUCUCAACCUUUCGGGGAACUGGAUACGCGAACUUCACCCAGAUGUGUUUCGAGAUAUCUGGCGACUUAAAGAACUGCGAUGUCGGCUGUGCGGGUUAAAAACGAUUAAUCCACUGCUUUAUGCACUCCUUCCAGAUUUGAGGGAAUUGGAUUUAUCACACAACGAAUUCAAGUAUUUGAAUCGUGACGAAUUUGGAGGAUUGGGUCGUCUCGAAAUUUUGCACUUGGAUGGGAAUCAAAUUUCGGCCGUGACCGAUGAGACGUUUCGAUCACUCCGAUUGCAAAAGUUGAGCCUCAAUUACAACAGGAUUGUCAGAAUUGACAGACACGCAUUCUUCAACUCAACAAUAGAACGACUCUUCCUGUCAGGCAACAAGUUUGAGACCCUGGAGCGAGUGACUUUCUCCGAGAUAAAAAAGUCUUUAAUAGAAUUGGAACUGAAUAGAAACCCGAAGCUAAAACUGAGCUCGUUACUCUUAAUAUUGGCCGAAAAUCCUCAACUCAACCGACUUUCUCUAGCCAAUAAUAACUAUGAAGACCUUCCCCUCGACCUGUUUGAGCUGCAGGGUGAAUUACGGUUUUUGAAUUUGUCCGGAAAUAAUCUCUUUGCCCUUUUUCCGCAUCAGUUAUCACAUCUCUACAAAUUGGAAAUGUUGGAUCUAAGUCAUAACCAGUUUAAAGGAUUGGAUCCCGACGUGCUGUCCCACAUUCAGAGACUCAAAACCUUCCAUCUUAUCCGAUUAGAGGGAAAUCCUUGGAUUUGUGACCUGUGUAAUAUCCAAGGUCUUUUAAGAUGGGUGCAAACCGCUGAAUAUUUUCGGGGAGGGUGCUCAGAUCCGUUUGGUCCUCACUGUCUUCGCUGCAGCGGUCCGCCACCUCUAGUCGACAAGUCGUUAAUAACCUUGGAGGAAUCUCAAUUGGAGUGGUGCACUCAUGGGGCCCAACCCACAAUCUCGAUCUUAUCGGAUGAUCCCCGACUGGGAUUGUUUAUCGGGUGUGGGCUUAUCAUCCUCGUCCUGAUUGCGGCGGCGGUAGGGAUUAUUGCGAGGUCACGGUGGCAUGCAGCGCACUACUACACGCACGAGUCGGAACGGCCAGAAAACCCGGUGCAUCAGCAGUCCGUCCCACCUCCGGGGGAGAUUGAGGGGAAUAACGGGAACAAUGGGGAAGGAUUCGACAAUCUGUAUUACAACAAUGGAAAUUAUAAGAAUAACAAGUGGAACAGAAUGAUUGCCACUAUAGACGAGAUAAAUGCAUAUGUCGACACGCCAUACCCAGAGUUGGAAAAUAGUCUACAUCAUCAUCACAUUACGGAUACGGAUACGAAUAUUAUGUUACCGCCACCGUCGUCGUAUAGAUAGUUUGAUAGUAAUUAAGUUAACUAAAUAUGUUAACUAACUGGUAAAGUUAGAAUUACAAUUUUUAAAGUCCUUGGGUCAGAUGAUUGAAUAUCAUGCGAUGCUUUCUUCGUCCGACUAUCUAUCUUACAUAUGUCCAUUUGUAAUGUGAAUAAUAGAAAUGUAAUAAUCAUUAAUCAUUAUAAAUAUUUAUUGAGCAUUUCAAUUAUCAUGCAUUAUUUAUUAUAACUCUAACAUAAAAAUUUACUAGUAAUUUGGAAUGCAUGAUUGUUGCGAAUUGCUAAGAAUUAAUACUAAAUUGUUGGCAAAUUGUACAUAUAGGAAACUACAAAAGUUCUUCUAGGUGCGAGGAGUUUACCACUGCUCUCUGCCUGGCAAAAAUCUUACUGAAGAAAAAGCUCAACACCGCUAGCUGCUAGAAUUUUCAAAUGAUCUGCAUGUAUGUGUAAAUUACUUAGCCAAUAAGUUAAUUAAUAGUUAACAAUUAUUAUACGAUUAAAUCAAGAUUAAUUUUGAAAUAAAAAUUUGAAAUUGAA